AGCUAGAGUGACCAGCGUGAUCGAUCGAUCGCCAUGCGCGUGUUCGGCGGCGGCUGCGCGCGGGAGCACUACGCCUCCGGCCGCAGCCUCCUCGGUGCGGCGCCGCCGGUGCCGGCCCCGUCGCUCGAGGCGCAGCGCGCGCACCUGGAGCGGGUGCUCGGGGCGACCGCGAUCGUGCUCUUCCUCGCCAGCGUGUCGUACGUGACGCUCACCGCCAUCUUCGGCUUCCUCUGCGCCGGGGGCGGGUCCCGGCGACCCGACGGCGGGACGGGGGCGCCGGAGCCCGCGGCCGCCGAGGAGACCAAGCGCGCGCUCGAGGAGAUCCCCGUCGUGGUGGUGGCGGUGCCGGUGCCGGACCCUGAUCGCGGCGCCGAGGGCGAGGAGUGCGCGGUGUGCCUGGCGGAGUACGCGUGCGGGGAGGAGGUGCGCGUGCUCCCCGCCUGCCGCCACGGGUUCCACCGCGAGUGCGUGGACCGGUGGCUGCUCACGCGCGCGCCCACCUGCCCCGUGUGCCGCGCCCCCGUCGCCACCCGCCCGGAGGGGCACGGCGGCAAGGCCUGCGCCACCGGCGAUGCCGCGCUUCCUGCAAUAGCUGUAGGUCCCUAGCUAGAAUGUAGCGAUGCCUUGCUUCCUCCUGUAGUGUAGCAAUCGGGUAAAAUGGUGUUCAGCUUUGCUGUUAAGAACGCAGCAUCUCGUUGUAGGCAAAAGGAGAUGAUAACAUCGAUUCGUUCAGUGAGAUGAAAUGUUAGUGCUAGAUCAACGUUUUUUUUCUUGAGAUCAAUGAUGGUGAUU